GGACUCCGGAGCGCCCCGGAACAUGAACACCCAUAGCUGCCUGAUCCCUUGCAGAUCGUGUUUUUCGGCUUAAUCAGGUUCCGGCUGCUUGUCAUGGUGUCUGUACGUGUCCGUGUACAUGCCUACUUUUCUGCAAUACGGUGCGGUAUUUUUUUUAAAAAAACGUGUUGCAUGCAUGUGCUCUUAUCGACCAUUUACCGCUUGUUCAGUCUCCGAAUGGUCCUUUUGAGGAGCAUUUUCUCUUCCUUUUCUGAGUAGCACGGCAGACGGAAAUUCUGGCACAUUUCGCAUUCUUCGGCUCCUUUAGAGAGUAAAAUGGAGGCUUUCGAUGGAUCCGACCGCGGGGAGACUUUGUUAGACCUGUCCCACCUCGAUCUGGACGGUCUGGAGCUGGACGGGGUGACCGAGGAGCGGAAGAGGGACACCAAGCUGCUGUAUCUAACUUUCAACAGGCUGGCUGUGCUGCCCUCCUCCGUCUCCCUUUUCUCUAGCCUGGAAUUUCUGGACAUCAGCAACAACGGGCUGCAGCUUAUCUGCGAAGGCAUUACCCGACUGACAAGGCUGAAGACGCUCAUAGCCAAAAACAACCGCCUGGAUGAGUCUUCUCUGCCCAAGCACUUCGGCACCUUGCAGAUCGAGAUGCUGAACUUAAGUGGGAAUCGCUUUGAGGAGAUGCCGCCCCAGUGCCUCAAGCUGCGGCGGCUGCAGUCUCUGUCCCUUGGAGGAAACCGACUCAAAUCCAUUCCGGCAGAAAUAGAAAACCUGAAAUGCUUGGAGACGUUAUACCUGGGCGGCAACAUGAUCGGGGACAUCCCACCGGAAUUGGCAAACCUUCCUUCCCUGAGCUACCUGGUACUGUGUGACAACCGCAUCCAGAGUGUGCCGCCCCAGCUGACCCGGCUGCACUCACUCCGUUCCCUGAGCCUCCACAAUAACCUGCUCACCUACCUGCCCCGUGAGAUCAUCAGCCUGGUGCACCUGCAGGAGCUCAGUCUUCGUGGCAACCCUCUGGUGGUGCGUUUCAUCAGGGACAUGACCUACGACCCUCCGUCUUUGCUGGAGCUGGCAGGACGUGUCGUCAAAUCCAAGAACCUGCCGUACAGCCUCUGCGAUCUGCCUGACCACCUGGUGCAUUAUUUGGACAUGGCAAGCAAGUGUCCCAAUCCCAAGUGUGGAGGUGUGUACUUCGACUCCUGUGUGCGGCACAUCAAGUUUGUGGACUUCUGUGGGAAGUACAGGCUGCCCCUGAUGCACUACCUUUGCUCGCCGGAAUGCUCGUCCCCCUGCAGCUCAAACCCCCAGAGCGACGCUGACUCCGAGGAUGAGAGCAGUGUGCCGGCGGACCGGCUGCAGCGGGUGCUGCUGGGAUAGGAGGAGGAGCUUGACACCCAUCCACCAGCUUCGUCUAGCUUGCCAAUACAAAUGAACAUAGGAUCGAGUCCUUUUCCUUCCUAUAAAGUUAUUUAUUUUUAAUUCUGUUUAAUAACUUUAAGCUCAUGCAGGAACUACAUAAGCGUCUGGUAAAAUCAGCGUUUGAAACAAGCGCUUUUUCUCAGACUUUAAUAAUGAUGUCUUUUUAACUGUAGAAUGUAAGUGCUGAGUAUUUUUGAGUAACAUUAUGAAUGGUACGGUCCGUGGGCUGAACCAAAAGGAGCCUCCCUAUUAGCAACACAUCAUAAACACAGAGGCGAAUCCGUUCCACCUUAGCAGGUUCAUUUGACCUUUUCAAAACUAGUGUUAACAAAAUCUGAGCCAUUAAAGAAACGUCUCCUUCAAAAGCAUGAUUAUAAAGCUAAUACUGCUUUUUAGUUAUAUAAAUAAGCUGUUACUUUUACUGUGCCUUUAAAACAGUUUGCGCCAUAUAAUUUAACAAUCAGGAUUAACGUGACCUAAUGUUAUGAGACUAACGGGUCCACCGGGCCAUAGGAAUGUGAUGUGUGUUGUUUACUUGUUUUGUACUGCUUUCCCCUGACAAUCCACCCAUGUGGACCAGGUCCACACAAGCCAGUGACUGGUGUCACAGAGUGACCCACACCCCCUCUGCGACUUCUGACAGCUUGCGUGCCACAGUGUGGUCCUCAGCGAUCACCUUAACCUUCACGUUCGUUCGUGCCAAGUCGUUAUUAAUGUUUCUGCCUGGGAGGGAUUUCGUGCUGCUGAGGGUGAUUCAUCGUGUAUCGCAUUGUCCAGCAAAAUGUGGCUCUUUGGACUCAGGAAGCUGAAAGCUUCACUCCAGUGUGGACUGGUGAAUCGUUUAUUUAGCACUACUGGUGAACUAAACUGACAGCUUUAUUCUACUUCUUUGUUUACUGCUCCUGGCAGAGGGAUCGUUUUUCCUUCUGUCUCAUUAAAGUGCCUAUUUUGGAAAAUGAUAGAUUUGCACCUUGAAUUUUGAAAGAAAAAUAUGAAGGUUAGUGAAUGCAUAUACUGAUAACUAGUAACUUAUACUGGCAUAAUGGAUGUGUUUAGAUCAUAAUUUGCUUUAUUUUUUAUUUAUAUAUUUGUUGACAUUGAAACUAGGUGAAUUUUUUUCCAAGUCUUAAAAUGACCUUACUAAGCAUCUGUGUUGUAAUAAAGAUUUCACUCUGUAUUUAAUAAAAUGCUAACUUUCUGACAAA